AGCUGCUUUAGCUUGUGUAACAUCAUAAGCAACAGAAUGGGGAGGUGGAAAGAAGUAAUGGUUUGUAGUUUACUAAUUCUGCUGUUUAGCUUAAUCCACUCAAUUGAUGCCCAAGAUUGUGAUGGAGAAAUGUUUUAUAAUUGUGCAGAACAACAGUGUCAGUCAUUACAACCCGGUUAUGGUUUUCAACUUGAUAGAACUUGCUACAACAUUAUGUAUACAACUCCAAAUGUUCCUGUGCCUCAAGGAACAUAUCUCUUCUCUAUUGUAAUUUUUAUUGAAAGUAAUGCUACUGGAACAGUUGCUGGUUUUCGUGAAACUCAUAUAAUUGAGUUUAGUGAACCUACUGUAUCGGGUUUUAGCCAUGUUCUACCUCUAAACCCACCAGCAAAUUAUAUUCAUUCAGUUUAUGCUGGGCUUACAAUUGAUGAUGAGGAACUAACAUAUGGCAGUUACAGUACUAAUAUUAGAGCUAUACAUCAAAACCCAUUUAGAUUUGUUUAUUAUCCAGUUAACAUCCAAAUCAUUGAUCCAUGUGCUGGUGUCAUCUGUGGUCCAAAUGGUACCUGUUCUAAUGGAGUCUGUAUGUGUGAUCCAGGCUUCACUGGGUCUGACUGUAAUACAACAUUUGUUCUUGACCCUUGUGAUAGCUCACCCUGUGCCAAUGGGAACUGUACUAAUGUACCUCCUAAUAGUUUCUCAUGCAGUUGUGACCCAGGAUACACUGGAGACACAUGUAAUGUAGUGAUAGAUUAUUGUGAAGGAGUUGAUUGUGGUAAUGGAGACUGCAUUAGUACACUAGCUGUUGGUUAUACUUGUGAGUGUCAGCCUGGCUACACUGGAGACCACUGUGCCAUUAAUAUUGAUGAAUGUGAUCCUGAUCCUUGUGCUAAUGGUAUAUGUACUGAUGCUGUGGCUGGAUACUCUUGCAGUUGCUUUGAGGACUGGACUGGAACAAACUGUAGCACUGAGAUAAACUCUUGCAAUCCUAAUCCAUGUGAUAUUACUGGAUACUUACAUUGUAUUGAUGGCAAUGGCACACACAUUUGUCAUUGUCGUCCUGGUUAUACUGAUCCUAGUUGUGGUACUGAUAUUGAUGAUUGUGAUCCUAACCCUUGUAACAACAGUGGGAUAUGCACUGACAGGAUUAAUGGAUUUGAGUGUUCCUGUGCUUUUGGCUAUGAUGGUCCAACCUGUGCUGAGAUAGUAGACUUUUGUUCACCAGAUCCUUGCAUCAAUGGAACAUGUACCAAUAUUGAAGCAGUCGGUUACUCUUGUUCCUGUUCCUCUGGUUUCACUGGAGUCAACUGCAGCGUGGACAUCGAUGAGUGUGCUAGUGACCCGUGUCAAAAUGGAGCCUCAUGCAUCAACACUCCAGGAAGCUACCAGUGUGUCUGUCUAUUGGAUUACACUGGUGAUCAUUGUGAGACUGUUAUCAAUGACUGUGAGGGAAUGCCUUGUGCCCCUGGCUCUACCUGUAUGGAUCAGCCUGGUACUUUUAGCUGUUUCUGUGCUCCAGAUACAACAGGAAGACUCUGCAAUGUAACCAUUGAUGAUUGUGAUCAUGAUGACUGUGUCAAUGGUACUUGCAUUGAUGGUAUUGAGAGAUUCACUUGUCAGUGUUUCCCUGGAUUUGAAGGUGAUCUAUGUGAUCAAGAUAUUGACGUCUGCCAGACUCAGUCUCCGUGUCAAAAUGGCGGUACCUGCACAGAUUAUGAAGGACUGGAUUAUGAGUGUAGCUGUCCUCCUGGUUUCUAUGGAGUCAACUGCUCAACCGAUCACUCAGUAUGCAGUGUUAUGAUGCCUUGUCAAAAUGAAGGAACCUGUGAAGAUGGUCCAGGGUUUCAUUACACAUGUCAUUGUUCCCCAGGCUAUGAAGGCACUAACUGUACUGUUGAUGUUAGUGUCUGUAGUACUGAAGAACCUUGUGAUAAUGAUGGUAAUUGCACUGAUGGUGAGGGCCUAUUGUAUGAGUGUGACUGUGCUCCUGGCUAUACUGACACCAACUGUACAGUUGAUAUAAGCAUUUGCGAAGAAACCUCACCAUGUCAAAAUGGAGGAACAUGUGAAGAUGGAGAAGGCCUAGACUACACCUGUGACUGUCCUCCUGGGUAUUACGGUCAGGAUUGCAUGAAUGAUGUAAGUGUUUGUAUGCCAUGCCCCACAUGCUCAGGCCCUUGUCUGAAUGGUGGUAGCUGCACUGAUGGAGCAGGAUUAAACUAUACAUGCUCAUGUCUACCAGGCUACACUGAUGUUAACUGCACUACUGAUAUUAGCUAUUGUAAUGAGGCUUCUCCCUGUAUGAAUGGAGCUGCCUGUGUUGAUGGGCCUGGCUUAGCCUACAAUUGUGAAUGUAUUGAAGGAUUCAAUGGUACUAAUUGUGAGAAUGAUCUUGACUAUUGUACCAAUACUUACUGUGUCAAUGGUACAUGUGUAGAAGGUUUUGGAACUAACAUCAGUUGUGACUGUAUUGUCGAUUACACUGGCCCACGUUGUGAUGUCCAACUUCUCUUCUGUAAUUUGGAUAUUUGUAUGAAUGGCGGCUCCUGUAGAGAGAUUGCUGGUUCUACUGAUACAAUGUGCCUGUGUCCCAGUGGGUUCUCUGGGGAUAUGUGUGAGAAUGAUGAUGAUGUUUGUGAUCAACCUCCUACGAAAUGUAUUCACGGGACCUGCUCUGAAGGUAUUGGAGAUAACUACACCUGUAGCUGUGAUUCUGGAUACAGUGGCUCAAAUUGUGAAAUAGAUAAUGACUACUGUGAGCCUUCGUCCUGUUCUAAUGGAGGCCUGUGUGUAGAGGGACCUGGUCUAAACACAUCGUGUAAUUGUACUGAAGGUUUCACAGGAGAUACAUGUAACAUUGAUAUAGAUUACUGUACUAACACUUAUUGUCAGCACAAUGGUACAUGUAUAGAAGGAUACGGAGCGAACAUUACAUGUAACUGUACCAAUACCUACACUGGGCCUACUUGUGCUAUAGCAUUCUGUCCUCAAGGUUACUGUGGCUCUAAUGGUAACUGUGUCGUUAAUAGCAAUAUGGCUGUGUGUGAAUGUAAUCCUGGCUACACUGGUGAUUUCUGUGAGACUGAUGUUGAUGUUUGUGACUCUUCCUCCUGCAAUGGACGUGGUACCUGUACUGAUGGUCCCGGGCUCAGCUACUCUUGUGACUGUGAUUUAGGUUUUUAUGGUGACGACUGUGAAAAUGACACCAAUGUAUGCGAGGAACCUUUCGCUUGUGUCCAUGGUACCUGUACAGAUGGAGUAGGCCUGAAUUAUACAUGUGUGUGUGAUCUAGGCUUUAACGGUACCAACUGUAGCAUGGAUGGAUUGUUUUGUAAUGAGACUCAUUGUCAAAAUGGUGGUACUUGUGUUGAGGGUCACGGCAUAUCUGUGAGUUGUGAAUGUCCUGAAGGUUUUACUGGGAGUCGUUGUGAAACUGAUAUUGAAUAUUGUACAGGAAGUACCUGUCAAAAUGAUGGUACAUGUGUAGAGGGCUACGGCACAUCUGUGAGCUGUGAAUGUCCUGAAGGUUUUACUGGUGUUAGUUGUGAAACUGAUAUUGAUGAUUAUUGUACAGGAAGUACCUGUCAAAAUAAUGGCACAUGUGUAGAGGGCUACGGUACAUCUGUGAGUUGUGAAUGUCCUGAAGGUUUUGCUGGCGAUCAUUGUGGAACUGAUAUUGAUUAUUGUACAGGAAGUACCUGUCAAAACGGUGGUACAUGUAUUGAAGGUAUUGGGCCAGAUUAUGAAUGCAAUUGUCCUGAAACAUACAAAGGAGACAGGUGUGAGACACUGUUCUGUCCAGACAACUACUGUGGUCAGUAUGGUACUUGUGAUGUUGUUGGAUCAGAAGUAGAAUGCACUUGCACUAACUGCUUUAUUGGUGAUCGUUGUGAAACAGAUAUGAUUUUCUGUGGGCCAAACUCUUGUAGCAAAAACGGAGUAUGUAAUGAGCUAGUAGGAUGUGGUUUCAAUUGUACAUGUAAAGAGGAUUACACUGGUCAAUACUGUCAAACUCCACUUUGUUACGAAGGCUAUUGUAACAAUAGUGGCAACUGUAGUGUUGUUGGUCCUAACAGAAUAUGCUCCUGUCCUUCUGGUUUCUCUGGUGAUAGGUGUAACAUUACUGAAUGUGUGGAUGGUGUAUCGUGUCUCAAUGGCGGUACAUGCUCUGUUGUUGAUAAUGUCAUCAGUUGUGAUUGUCCUUCUGGGUACAGCGGAGACUCAUGUGAAACAGAUGAUUCUGUAUGUACACUAACCAAUCCUUGUCAAAAUGGAGGCACAUGUACAGAUGGACCCGGAUUAAAUUACACUUGCUCAUGUCUCGAGUCUUUUGAAGGUGAUAACUGUACUAUCCCUGUACCAUGUUCUCCUAAUCCUUGUCAAAAUGGUGGUGAGUGUGUCCCUGGUAAUGGCUCCUCAUACACAUGCGAAUGUCCCGAAAAUUUCUCUGGCUCAAACUGUGAAACAAUGUUCAAUGCUACAUGCACUAGUGAUAGUGAUUGUCCUGAUUCAAGCUAUUGCUACUAUCAGUGUAGCUCAGAUAGUUACCCAUCGCACUCUUCUCUGAUAACAGAGUCAGUUAAUCUAAGAGGUGUCUCAUUUGUAAAUGUGGAAGAGUCAAAAUUUCCAUCGUUUAGCAACGACUUCUCUCUCUAUGCUGUCUUUAGUCAGAAUGCUACUAAUCGUGGCUACCUUGUUUUUUAUGGAACCUCCAGUACCUCGAGAAACUUUGCCGUUUUCCUUGACCACAACAGCUCAAGGCUGUGGUUCUAUUACACUGAUACAGCUGGUGUCUCAAGGAACUUUAGCAUAUCGUUGACUUGGAGCAGUAAUGAAGUGCAUCAACUUGUCAUAUCAUACAAUCAAGCAACUAAAAUUGCUAAUUUCUAUUUUGAUGGAUCGUUGUUAUCUGAGGGCGUAAGAACACUAGCAAACCCUGACUUCAGUUAUGGGGUUGCUUCUACUCCUCCUACAAUGUUUAUUGGUGCCCGAUUGCCUCGCUAUUUCCGUUUCAUUGGUACAGUACAUCAAGUUGUUUUCUUUAAAGAAGCACUCAACUCCACAUUUGUAUCACAAUUAAACAGUGACUAUAAUGAACUAGUCAGUCCAUCUGGUGAGUGUACUCCUUAUCUAGAGAUUGGAGCUACUUGUCCAGCUCCUACUGUUGCUCCUUCGGCUUUUUGUCAAUCAUCAAUGAGCAAGUGUAGUUCAAAUGCUAGAUGUCUGCCUGAUGUUAACUAUCAAUAUACUUGUCAACCAGCACCAAUUUCCUGUACGUCAGAUUCAACAUGUCAGCCUAACUACUAUUGCAGUAGUGGUACAAUACCUAAUGAUAAUGGUAAUUAUUAUCAAAACUCCAACGAAGCAUUGCCUGGACAGAAAGUGUUUUUACAAGAGAAUACUAUGCUCUUUUCUGGAGAAAACUUUGCCACUUUAAACACAACAAACAUUCUAUCAGUUCGCAAAGUCCCAGACCUUGUCUCAGACCUCACCAUAUUUGCCGUCGUGCAUCAAGAUUCCGGCAAUGAUGGAUAUGUGGUUGGAAAGGGUCUGAAUGAUAGGAUGAGGGACUUUGGUCUUUAUCUACGUAGCACAAAGAGUACUGUCUGGUUGGCAUAUGGAUCUGAUGAUAAAGGUCAUGGUUUCCGCGAUAUUAUAUUCUUUUAUAAUAUCAAUGUUGCUGAUGGAAAUGAGCACUCAAUCACAGCAGUGAUUGAUAGUUCGGCUAACAGUGCAUCUCUUUAUAUUGAUGGAGUAUUAAGAGGACACCAGAGUCCAUUGCCAGCCACACCAACCUUCAGACCUGAUUACAAUAUACUCUAUGUGGGUGGCAGGCCAGGUACUAGAAGGUUCCAAUUCAAGGGAUCUAUCAGAGACCUUUUCGUUGGAACUGGUCCUUUCCAAUACGACAAUGUUGAGCAGUUGCAUCGUGAUGCAUUUGAUGGUGAUGGGUCUCUUAAUCUCGAGACACCAAGCUCUCAUUACUGUCUGCCUUAUGUGAUUACUGGUCAGAGAUGCAUUGUAGGAGAUAAUAAUGAUUUCAAGUGUUCUCCAACGCAAACUUGUGUACCUGAUUUUUCAACUGCUUUUGCUAAGCAAAUUCCACUCUCAUCAAGUACCUUCCAUCUCUAUGGUGUCUGCCGCACUCCUUGCAAUUGUGAUAAUACUGUUAGCUACGAGUGUGGACUUGAUGGGAAUACUUACAUUAACGCGUGUCAGAGAAACUGCGUAGGAAUUUCUAAACUUCAUGAUGGUCAGUGUUACAAUUAUGCAGUUACUUACUCAGCAUAUAACAGUACUGAAGCAUAGAACUAAGACUCUGGUCCCAUACGUACACACACACACAUUAAUAGAUGAAAUAGUUUAGGGUUUAUUAUUAUGGCAUACUAGCUAUUAAAUUUUAGACAUUAUCAUUUAUAGACAAGACAUCUUAUAGUGUUAUUUUUAAUUGUUAAAAUUAUUAAAAGCAUA